AUGGCCGACAUGGACGUGUUUUCUGCGAUGGGCAUCGUUGGAUUUGGCAAAGCUGCCAAAAAGCGCGAGCUCGAUCCCAACAGGUUCGACAAAACCAAGCGUGAAGAGCUAGUUGUCAGUCUCAUAUUUUUCGCUUUGGAGGCGAAGCCCUUGAUCCCUUCAUCAGGGCCUAGUAAAGUAUCUAUUCGGGCACCAUCUCAAUCCGACGAAGACUCGGACGACCCCGGGCCUUCCCUUCCGCCAGCAGGCUCUUUCAAACACGAUACUGAUGGCGUAGGCGACGAAGACAAGGAAGAUGAUGAUACUGGCUCUGCUGACGACGAGCCUGAAUACGACCCCAGCGCUCCUUCGCUAUCGGCCCCCGAUUUCCCGAUCACACACGAGGCAACGCUCAAAGAGCACACCAAGGUGAUUUCCGCGCUUACGGUGGACCCGAGCGGUGCACGUGUUUUGAGCGGUUCGCAUGACUAUGAUUGUAAGUUGUGGGAUUUUGGUGGAAUGACGACGCAAACGAGGUCCUUCAAGACGUGGGAGCCUGCAGGCAGUUACUAUGUUAACGAUCUCAAGUACUCAAACGAUGGCCAGCAGUUCCUCGUAAUUUCAGGAACACUUCAAGCUAAGCUGUUUGAUCGGGAGGGCGAGGAGAAAGCAACGUUCGUCAAGGGUGAUAUGUAUAUCAGAGACAUGAAGCACACUGCUGGACACGUCGGGGAACUUUCAAGUUGUGCAUGGCAUCCGAAGGAUAAGCAGUAUUUUAUUACUAGCUCGGCAGACUCGACCAUUAGAAUAUGGGAUGUCGAGAACAGACGCAAACAGAAAUCUGUUAUUGUUGUCAAAUCAAAAGAACGAGGUGCACGGACUAAAGUGACGACGUGCGCUUACUCUACCGACGGAACGCUCAUUGGAGGUGCCUGCCUCGAUGGCGCACUGCAUAUGUGGCAGGCAUCAUCAAAUUUUGUGAGGCCAAAUAUGACGAUUGAGGGCGCACACACGAAAGGCACGGACGUCGGAUCUCUAGUGUUUUCCGUUGAUGGGAGAACGGUUCUGACGAGAGGAGGGGACGACACUGUUAAGCUGUGGGAUUUACGGGCCUUUAAGCGACCGCUCGCAUCACAUUCGGGAGCUACGACAUUGUAUCCUGGCACUAAUGCUGUAUUCAGCCCUGAUGAAAAGUAUAUUCUAACAGGCACAGGAGCGUCCACAAAGGGGGGACGAGGCAAAUUGGUGUUGCUCAGUCGAGAAAGUCUCAGUGUAGCGAAGGAGAUCGACAUGGACACGACGCCAGUCAAAGUGGUCUGGCAUUCCAAGAUAAAUCAAAUUAUCACAGGUCUUGCCAACGGCACCAUUGCAGUACUGUAUUCGCCGGAGACGUCGUUGAAUGGUGCGAAGUUGUUGCUGUCGAAGGGAUCACCGAAGCGACCGACGGUGGAGGAUUUGUCGGAUGCGCUCGCUGCGCCAACGAUCCUGACGCCACAUGCCUUGCCAAUGUUCAAAGAUGGGGAGGGAAUAGUGAAGGGAAUGAAGAGGAAGCGAGACAAGGACCGGAUGGACCCGAGGAAGAGCAGGAGGCCAGAGCUGCCUGUGACAGGACCAGGUCGGGGAGGACGGGUUGGUGCGAGUGCGACGCAACACGUUGUGCAGAACUUGGUGCGGGAUACGACACGUGACGAAGAUCCACGGGAGGCAUUGCUCAAGUAUGCGAAGAUGGCGGACGAGGACCCUCAAUGGACUUCAGCAUGGCGACAAAACCAGCCCAAACCCGUGUUUGCGAACGUCUCAGAGGACGAGGAGGAGGAGGAGGAAGGUCAAACCUUAAUUCAGUUCGCCUAUAAAGACCCAAUGGCUGGCUUCCGAUUCCCCCAAAUCCAAAAUCUCCUCUCCUCUGAAAACGUCACGCUCGCGACCAACACCGAACAACAAUCCAUUCUCUCUACCGCCGUCAACGGCGACAAUGUUGUCAACGCUAACUUCAAAUCUUCCAUACCAAUUCAUCCUCCGAGUGGAACACCAAGACCAAUGGAGGGCCAGUUGUUGGAUGAUGUAAAGAUGGCAGAAGAGACAACAGUUAAUGAUUCGGAUGAAGUCCCAAUAACCAACGGCGUCAACGGCGUGCACACCACUGACUCCGAUGGAGAUGUCCACAUGGACCAGUCCCCUACCACCAACGGUCAUUCUCAUGACAUCCCGCGCCAGUCAUCACUAGCACCUGCCGAUUCUGCUGGCCCACCAACAUCACGUGCUACAUCCAACUUCAAUUCUCCUCAGCACCGCUCCGACGCCGUCGAUGAUGAUGAUGAAGCCAGACCGCCCCCAGCUAAGCGCGCGCGCGUGCUAAUUCCUUUCUUUUUCUCGACCCUGAAGACUGGCUCUCCCCCUCCUAUUACAGCGUCCUCUGUGCAAACAAAUGGCGACACCGUUGUGUCGAGUCCAACUCCAGCGCCUACAUAUGUUGGUACCGGCAUAUCCACCCUCAGUCCUGUGCAACACAGAUUCUGUUUGUCGACAGUACGUUCGCUCAAGAAGCUCAAGGAUGCUUCUGCGUUCUUGCAUCCCGUGGACCCCGUUGUUCUUAAUAUUCCCCACUACCCAACCAUAAUCAAGACCCCGAUGGACCUGGGCACCAUCGAACGCAAGCUCAUGGCAUCUAAUCCCGCCAAGCCGGACACCAGUUCUAACAUUCCCCGUUAUUACAGCGCCGAGGAGUUUGUCUCUGACGUGCGGCUGGUGUUCAGCAAUUGCAUCACGUUCAAUGGCCCGGAUCAUGUGAUAGCUCAGGCAGGAAAACAUGUUGAGGCUGUCUUUGAUAAGCAGAUCAAGCAGCUUCCACCCCCAGCCGAGGUAUGUCACCUUUUGAUGAAUGCCGCGUGCGCGACUCAUUCACCUGCUCGCCGUCCUUCAACCUCGGUUCCUGUCAUCCGGCGCAAUGAGGCCGAACAGGCAUCUGCACGGCCGAAACGUGAAAUUCAUCCACCACCUCCGAAAGACCUACCGUAUGCCGAUGUGCCAAAAAAGAUGCGCAAGGUUAAGGUACCGAAGGACGAUGGUACAGGGGAGCAGCUGAAAUAUUGCGGGAGGAUCUUGAGUGAUCUCCAGCGAAAGCAGCAUGCAACGAUUGCCCAUCCGUUCUAUGAGCCUGUCGAUGCAGUUAAGCUUGAUAUUCCGACGUAUUACAGGGUCAUUAAGAAGCCCAUGGACAUGUCGACCAUGCGGAAGAAGCUCGAGGCUGGGGAGUACCCCAAUGCCUCAAAGUUCUUCGAUGACUUCAAGCUCAUGAUCCGAAACUGCUUCCUGUUCAAUCCCGCUGGUACACUCGUCAAUCAAGCAGGGAUCGAGUUGCAGCGGUUGUUUGAUGAGAAGUGGAAGAAUUUGCCGCCCCUUCGGGAUGUGAGUGAUGAAGAAGAGGAGGAGUACGAGGAUGAGGAGUCAGAGGAAGAACGUAACCGGAGGAUCGCCGCCAUGGAAGCUCAAAUCGAGUCGAUGCGCGGUAAUCUCAUGGCGCUUAAGAAUAAGCCGGCUAAGGAGAAGAAGAAAAAGGAGAAGAAAGAGAAGGCUCCUGUCGCUUCUACCUCAAAGGCCGUUGCAUCACGCACACCCAAGGCAGCGCCUACGACCAACGGGAACAAACGUAAGACCACAACGAAGAAGCCCAUGGCCGAGGACGAUGCCCUAUCCUUUGAGCAGAAGAAGGACUUGAGUGAAGCCAUCACCAAUCUCGAUGGGGUUAAGCUUGAGAAAGUCAUUCAAAUCAUUCAUGAGGGUGUUCCCGAAAUCCGCGAUAGCACCGAGGAAAUCGAACUCGAGAUUGACAUACUACCACCACACGUUCUCACAAAGCUGUACAAUUUUGUGCUCCGGCCUCUGCGGCAGCCAACGCAGAAACGGAAUCGAACUGGCAAGGGCACGGGUACUGGUGGCCUUAAACGGAAGAGCAUGGACGAGACUGCUGAAGCUGAGAAGAUUCGCAAGCUGGAGGAGCGCAUGCGGCUCUUCGAUGAUAACAACUUUGCCACGCCCAACGCUGCUCCCGUGCCAGCCCAUCAGAACGACAGUGAUCAUUCAUCGGACUCUUCUUCAGACGAUAGCUCGGGCAGCGAGUCGGAGUAA